AUGUAUCAUUUUCUCAUUGCUAGAUUCACCCAUCAUAGGAUCCAUCACUCUAGUGUUCUAUGCCGCAAUGCGUUUUCUCUUUUCUUCGAUUCUCGUUCUUUUUCCGUUUCCAACACAAACCACUAUCAUCAACCUGAAAACUUUACCUUGUCAACCCUCGUAAAUUCAUGCGGGUUGUCCCCUGAAACCGCCCUUAAACUCUCCAAAAGGUUGCAAACCAAAAACCCUAAUGGCCCAAAUGCUGUAGUCCAACUUCUCACCAACCAUGGCUUCUCUGAUUCCCAGUUACGUAUCUAUGUCAAGAAACACCCUUUGGUACUUUUAUCAGAUGCCCAAAACACCCUUUUGCCAAAGCUCAAAUUUUUUCAAUCCAUUGGGGUUUCAACCACUGAUCUCCCCAAAAUCCUAAUCGGGAACACUUCCUUUUUGUCAAAAAGCUUGCACAAACACCUAAUACCUCGUUAUGAGGUCAUUAGGAGCCUAGUUUGCAAUGAUAAAGAGGUGGUUUCAGCUUUGAAGCAUUGUUCAAGGAACCUUCACUGUGGUUGGGCUGUAAAGGAUGCAGCUCUCAACAUUGAGGUUUUGAGGAAGCUUAAUGUGCCUCAAGGUUGUAUUUCCCUUUUGGUAUCCAAUUUUUCUGGUGUAGCAUUCACCAAGCAUUCUGUAUUUGUUGAGGCUGUUAAUUCAGUCAAGGAACUGGGUUUCGACCCUUUGAAGUCGAAUUUUGUUUUGGCACUCCAGGUGUUUGCGAAAAUGAACAAGGAUAUUUGGGAAUCAAGAUUUAAGAUUUUCAAGAAAUGGGGUUGGUCAAGAGAUAUGUGUCUUUCGGCUUUCUUAAAGCAUCCGCAAUAUGUGAUGAUUUCAGAAGAAAAGAUUAUAAAAGUAAUGAACUUCUUGGUGAAUGAUGUUGGUGUUAGCCCCGAAGAUAUUGCCAGAAUGCCUGGUAUUCUGAACCGCAACUUGGAGAAGACGUUUAUCCCUAGAUGGGCUGUUGUUAAAAUUUUGAGGUCAAGGGGUUUGGUAAAGAGUGAUUUACGCAUAAGUAGCGUUAUUUCCAUAAGUGAGAAAAAGUUUUUGGAACGAUAUGUAACCCGAUUUCAAAAAGAUGCGCCCCUGUUAUUGGAUGCAUAUAAUGGUUAG